AUGACAUCCUUGUGGGAAAAGUUCCGGGAUAAGAAUAUUCUUAUCACUGGAGGCUCGGGGUUCCUGGGAACUGCGAUUGUCCACAGACUUGUCACAAAGGCCGCGGCACCUGGGAAAAUCUAUAUUCUAUGCAGAGGCGGUCGCGAUUCCCUCGAAAAGAAAUGGAGAGAGUGGUUGGGCACCGAAGCGGAUGCUCUGUUGAGCGCUCAUAACCUGAUUGUUUUGCAAGGCGAUAUCGAAACAAUGGACGUGGACACAGCCUUGGACGGGCUCAAACUGGAGCUGAACGUUAUCAUUCACGUGGCUUCCACGAUCAACCUUGCCCGUCCGCUGAAACAGAUCAAGAAUAUGAUUGUCUAUGCCAGCCUAAAGCUUGCCGAGCUUGGCGAAAAGUGCGAGAACCUGGAGCGGUUCGUCUAUGUCUCGACUGCUUAUGCGAACGCAAACCUAUACCAAAGCCGCGGUACAGCCAACGUAACCGUCGAUGAACAGAUAUACACCUACGGCAAUGAUACCACCGUCGAUGAAUUCGAGGAACUUGUCAAAUCCGACGAAUCCAUUCGGUUCCAUGAAUUUGUUGAACAGUUCCCCUACGCCUAUACCUACGCCAAGCACCUGACAGAACGCCUGCUACAGAAGAAGCUCGGGGAUCGGCUUCUUAUUGUGCGGCCCUCCAUCAUCGGCCCGGCUCAGAGUUACCCAUUCAGGGGGUACAGCAUGCCAUUGUCAACGCCUUCCACACUGUUCUCUGCUGCCAUCAUGUUGACACCAUCCCGCUCUAUGGUGCUUGCAACACGGGCAAACAACCCUAUGGUUGAAGCAACCAGCGACGAGGUCCCCGUGGACGUGGUCGCAGAUCGACUGCUCGCCCAUUUGGCAUAUGGCACCACAGGGCCCGUCCAUGCCGUCAGUGGGAGGAAUGCACUCAGCAUCUUCCAAAACUGGUGGCAGGAGUGCAUGAAGGAGCGUCGGCUCCCAUGGAAAGUCAAUCCUGUCUGGAGACCCAUUGACUGGCGAUCGCCCGAGCUGCAUCCCAUCAGCCGCACAACGGUCUUAUUCGGGACAUCCUUCGAGUUUUCCGAUGACAAAACUGGCGAUCUCUUUGGUACGCUGAACGACGAAGAAAAAGUGGAGUGGGAGCUUUACACUCAGAAAACAGACACAGAGUAUGAUCUGUCCCAACGGAGACAGCAUAUUCGCUAUUGUAUGAAAAAAAUUGCAAAAAGAAGCGCUGGGGCUCGGAUGUUGAUUCGCGUGUUUUAUCGGAAGUAUGGCGCGAAGUAG